AUUUUAUACACAUAAAAUGGCUGGAAAUAAUUCACAUUGUCUUUUCAACUCUCUUCCUGAAAGAGUAGAAGCACUAUAAACAAAUUAAAGACAAUGGGGAGCUACCGCGUGUGCGUGUGCUUCCAGCGGCGAUUCAAGGUGGCGGAGGCCGAGCCGCCCUCCGACGUCAAGGAGCUUUUUCAGAAAUACUCCGACGGCGGGGCCCACAUGACGCCGGACAACUUCCGCCGCUUCUUGGCCGAGGUUCAAGGUGAUGACGUGUCCCUCAUUGAGCACCAGAACGUGGUGGAGCAAGUUCUCCAUAAGCGCCACCAUAUAACCAAGUUCGCAAGGCACAACCUCACAGUCGAUGAUUUCCAUUACUUCCUCUUCUCCACUGAGUUCAACCCUCCCAUCGGAUCUAAGGUUAAUCAGGAUAUGUCGGCUCCAUUGUCCCACUAUUUUAUAUACACUGGCCACAACUCCUAUCUCACUGGAAAUCAACUAAGCAGCGAUUGCAGUGAUGUGCCCAUUAUAAAGGCCUUGAAUCGGGGCGUUAGAGUGGUGGAACUUGAUAUAUGGCCCAAUUCCACAAAAGAUGAUGUGCUUGUUUUGCAUGGAAGGACAUUGACAACUCCUGUUGAGUUAAUUAAAUGUUUGAAAUCAAUUAAAGAACAUGCUUUCGCUGCAUCUCCAUACCCAGUCAUAAUAACACUGGAAGACCAUCUUACACCAGACCUUCAAGCUAAGGUUGCUCAGAUGCUUACUAAAACAUUUGGAGAUAUGUUGUUUUGUCCAAAUCAUGAAACUCUGAAAGAGUUUCCUUCCCCUGAAGAAUUGAAGGGUCGGAUCUUGAUCUCAACAAAGCCUCCAAAGGAGUACGCUGAAACUGUCAAGGAGAAUAAUUCCUUUAAAUUAGAAAAAUCAAAGGAUUCUGAUGACGAUGAAUGGGGGAAGGAGGUCUCAACAAAAAAUCAAAAUGAAAAUGAUGUGGGUGAUUCUGAUCCAAAUCAACACAGCGAAGAUGAUGCCGUCGAUGAUUUAGCUCAUGAGUUAUGCUCAUCUGAAGCUCCUAGUUAUAAGCAUCUCAUCGCUAUUCAUGCUGGAAAACCGAAGGGUACUACUCUGAAGGACGCAUUAAAAGUUGAAAAUGAUAAAGUUAGACGACUUAGCUUAAGUGAACAAGCUCUUGAAAAGGCUACUGAGUCACUUGGAACUGAUCUUAUUAGAUUCACCCAGAAGAACUUUUUGAGGGUGUACCCCAAGGGUACAAGGUUCAAUUCCUCUAACUACAAGCCAAUGAUUGGCUGGAUGCAUGGUGCUCAAAUGGUUGCAUUCAACAUGCAGGGAUAUGGCAGAAAUUUAUGGUUGAUGCAUGGAAUGUUUAGAUCCAACGGAGGAUGUGGCUAUGUGAAAAAGCCAGAGUUUCUUAUGAAUGUAGGUCCAAAUAAUGAGGUAUUCAAUCCAAAAUAUGAUUUGCCAGUGAGAAAAACUCUAAAGGUGAAAGUAUAUCUUGGAGAUGGAUGGCGUAUGGACUUUAAACAAACUCAUUUCGACACUUAUUCUCCGCCAGAUUUUUAUGCUAGGGUUGGUAUAGCUGGGGCGCCAGCCGAUCAGAUAAUGAAGAAAACAAAGAUCAUAGAAGAUAAUUGGAUACCUACUUGGGAAGAAGAAUUCACAUUCCCUUUAAGAGUUCCAGAACUUGCAUUGCUGAGAGUUGAAGUGCAUGAAUAUGACAUGUCUGAAACGGAUGAUUUUGCAGGCCAAACUUGCUUACCAGUUGCUGAACUAAAGCAAGGGAUCCGUGCAGUUCCACUCUAUGACCGCAAAGGGGAGAAGUACAACUCAGUUAGGCUUCUCAUGCGAUUUGAGUUCAUCUAAGAUAUUGUUUUGUACUUAUGAUUUUUUUUUUCAUUUUAAUGUAAAAAUGAAAAAUGCUACAAUUGACUUGUUUGAUAGUUUAAUUAUGUAUGGGUUUGAUUCACACAUUUGAUGAAAAGGAAUUAUUUUUCUUAGUUUUGUUUUUCCAAGAGGACAAUUAUGUCGAUGUAAUAAAUCAUGAGAGGCACAUGAUCGCUAACCGAAGGUCUUUUUU